GUGUAAAUGUCAGAAAUUCUACAUUGGUGGGAGGGAUCCCUGCAGCAGGAGGCGGCGUGCACAGCUCAGAGAGAGCAUGAACUUUCCUGCAGCACCAAUCCAUCUUCAUAGACACCUGAUGAGCAUCCCCUAGAAACUUUUCAAGACCCCCCUGGAGGAAACCAGUCAUAGUUUUGUAUUACCUUGGUGUGUUCGGUGCCACAAGAGGAACACUUUUGGUUACUGGACUUGUGAAAAGAUGUAUUUUUGGUGCAGGUGUUUGAUUUUGCUGUGUUUGUCAGCUACUCGUGGCCAUGCUGCAGUUCAGACCUGCAUGGAUAAGCACCAGGUGGUUGGGGUGCUACGACAGAUGGACAAGUUUCUGAAAGGCCAAGAAAUUCGGUUCACAGAAGGCCUCCGGAUAAUGAAGUCAAAACUGGCAACGCUGCAAAAUUCAGUCUCCAAACUGCCUCAAGCAGACCAGUCAGCUGCCCCCACCACCUGCCCCCAGCUGGAAGAACCGGAUCACGGAAUCAAGUUCGGCUCCAAGCAUCUGGUCGGACACGAGGUGCACUUCACUUGCUCGCAGGGCUACCACCUGGUGGGCUCAGCCACACGUGUCUGCCAGGACAACGGAACGUGGAGUGGAGCUGGCGUCUUUUGUAAAGACAUCAGCGAGUGUGCAAGUAACCCCUGCCAAAAUGGAGGCACAUGUGUGGAUGGCGUCAGUCAAUACAAAUGCACCUGCUCCCAGAACUGGAGUGGCUCCCACUGCCAGCACCGAACUCAAACAGCUCCUCCUGAGUGGAGCGUCAUGAACGAUCCAGCGUUUAGCCGAAAACCUCGCUGUGCCCAAGUGAACCAAGCCCAACACUGCAGCUGCGAUGCAGGCUUUCACAUGAGUGGCACAUCAGACAACAGUAUCUGCCAGGAUGUCAACGAGUGUGAAGUCUACCGUCUGGACCAGGGAGGCACGUUAUGCGUCCAUGAAUGUGUCAACGUGCCGGGCUCAUACCACUGCUCCUGCCCCAGCGGCUACAAGCUGCUCCCGGAUGGGCGGAGCUGUGAGGAUGUGGACGAAUGUUUAAACCAGCAGCACAACUGUAGCCGAGGAACAACAUGUGUCAACACAGGAGGAGGCUUUCAGUGUGUCAACCCAGACUGUCCCCGCUCCCAUGGCAACAUCACCUACGUCAAAACAUCUUCUUUUCAGUGUGAGAGGAACCCCUGCCCCAUGGACAGCCGCUCCUGCAACCUGGCUCCAAAGACGGUCUCCUUCCACUUCCUCUCCCUGCCUUCCAACUUGCAGACACCCGCCACCCUUUUCCGUAUGGCCACUGCGGGGGCCCCCGGGCGCGCGGGGCCCGACAGCCUGCGCUUCGGCAUCGUAGGAGGAAACUCCCGAGGCACUUUUGUCAUGCAGCGCUCGGACAGACAAACCGGCGAGCUGAUACUGGUCCAGCAGCUGCGCGGCCCACAGGAGAUCAGCGUGGACGUGGACAUGUCGGAAUAUGCCGACCGCACCUUUCAAGCAAAGCAUGUGGCCAGAGUCCACAUUCUGGUGUCGCCCUACAACUUCUGAGGUACAGAUUGUACUGGUCACCUUCAUCCCCUCGCAGGCCGAGCCUCGCUUUAUUUUGAAGUCAACUGUGCAACUGUCAUAAUAUUCCUAUUAGCACAAACAGCAGCAUUAGAAUGUCACUCAGUUGGAUCAGCAUCAAACAAAUAUUAUUUGUCAUUAGGAUGCAUGCUUUAUUGCUCUAGGACACAGGUGUCAAACUCAAGGCCCGGGGACCAAUUCUAUCCCGCCACAUGAUUGCAAUGUAACCCGCCACAUCAUUUUACUGUUGACCGCCACAUUUUAAAGUGCCUCGUCCAAUUAUUUUGAUAUGGCCUACCACUUAAUUUUUAUUGUGGUCCUUCACGUCAUUUUACGUGGCCCUCCACAUCAUUUUACUGUAAACAGACAAAUUUAAAGUGCCCCGUCUAAUAAUUUUUAUUGUGGCCUACCACUUAAUUUUUAAUCGUGGCCCUUCACGUCAUUUUAUGUGGCCGUCCACGUCAUUUUACUGUAAACAGCCAGAUUUUAAAGUGCCCCGUCUAAUAAUUUUGAUGUGGCCUACCACAGCAUGGUUAUUGUGGCCCUCCAGAUCAUUUUAUGUGGCAUACAACAUCAUUUAAUUAUAGACCGCCACAUUUUAAAAUGGCUCGUCAGAUAAUUUUGAGGUGGCCUACCACUUAAAUUUUACAGUUGCCCUUCACGUCAUUUUAAGUGGCCCUCCACGUUAUUUUACUGUACACAGUCAGUUUUAAAGUGCCACGUCUAAUAAUUUUGUUGUGGCCUACCACAGCAUGGUUAUUGUGGCCCUCCAGAUCAUUUUAUGUGGCCCGCAACAUCAUUUAACUAUAGACCGCCACAUUUUAAAGUGCCUCGUCCAAUAAUUUUAAAUGGCCUACCACUUCCUUUUUAAUUGUGGCCCUCCACGUUAUUUUACUGGAAACAGACAGUUUUAAAGUGCCCCGUCUAAUAAUUUGGUCGUGGCCUACCACAGCAUGGUUAUGUGGCCCUCCAGAUCAUUUUAUGUGGCAUGCAACAUCAUUUAAUUAUAGACCGCAACAUUUUAAAAUGGCUCGUCCAAUAAUUUUGAGGUGGCCUACCACUUAAUUUUUACUGUAGCCCUUAACAUCAUUUUACGUGGCCCUCCACGUCAUUUUACUGUACACAGUCAGUUUUAAAGUGCCCCGUCUAAUAAUUUUGUUCUGGCCUAGCACAGCAUGGUUAUCGUGGCCCUCCAGAUCAUUUUAUAUGGUCCGCAACAUCAUUUAACUAUAGACUGCCACAUUUUAAAGUGCCUCGUCCAAUAAUAUUUAAGUGGCCUACAACUUAAUUUUUAUUUUGGCCCUUUACGUAAUUUUCUGUGGCCCUCCACAUUAUUUUACUGGAAACAACCAGUUUUAAAGUUUUUAAUUAUAGACCGCCACAUUUUAAAGUGCCUCCUCAAAUAAUUUUGAAGUAGCCUACCACUUAAUUUUAUUGUGGCCCUCCACGUCAUUUUACUGUAGACAGCUAGUUUUAAAUUGCCCUGUCCAAUAAUUUUGAGUUGGUCUACCACAUCAUGUUUAUUGUGGCCCUCCACGUCAAUUUAUGUGGCCCGCAACAUCAUUUUCCUGUAGAUCACCACAUUUUAAAGUGCCCAGUCCAAUCAUUUUGAAGUGGCCUACCACAUCAUGUUUAUUGUGGCCCUCCACGUAAUUUUUUUGUGGCUCGCAACAUAAUUUUCCUGUAGAGCACCAAAUUUUAAAGUGCCCCGUUCAAAAAUGUUGAUGUAGCCCUCCACAUCAUUUUAAAGUAGCCCUCCACGUAAUUUAAAGGCCUACUGAAAUGAGAUUUUCUUAUUUAAACGGGGAUAGCAGGUCCAUUCUAUGUGUCAUACUUGAUCAUUUCGCGAUAUUGCCAUAUUUUUGCUGAAAGGAUUUAGUAGAGAACAUCCACGAUAAAGUUUGCAACUUUUGGUCACUAAAAGAAAAGCCUUGCCUUUACCGGAAGUAUGUGCGCGUGACGUCACGAGUUGCAGGGCUCCACACAUAUUCCCAUUGUUUUUAAUGGGAGCCACCAGCAGUAAGAGCAAUUCGGACCGAGAAAGCGACAAUUUCCCCAUUAAUUUGAGCGAGCAUGAAAGAUUUGUGAAUUAGGAUAUUGAUAGUGAAGGAAUAGAAAAAAAUAAAUAAAAAGUUUUUUAAAAAAGGGACGGCUCCGGGCGACGGCAGUGUGAGCGUUUCAGAUGUAAUUAGACACAUUUACUAGGAUAAUUCUGGAAGAUCCCUUAUCUGCUUAUUGUUUUAAUAGUGUUUUAGUGAGAUUUUAAAGAUUGUAAAAUAAAGACUGUAAACACAUACCUCGAGGUCGGAUGGCUGCGGUGAACACACACUGUCUCAGAGAGAAACCGAGGAGCCAAGCUCACAGCUGCUGUGGGACGACAAAUAAUCCACUGAUGUCUUGGGUAAGAUAUGUAUCACAAUUUCGCCAUCCAAAAACAUGCUGGUUGAUGUAGAGAAAACAUGUUCGCUGCUUCACAACGAACAAGGAAACACCGGCUGUAUCUGGGUGCUAAAGACAGCUGCAAUCCACCGCUUUCCACCAAAAGCAUUCUUCUUUAUAGUCUCCAUUAUUAAAUGAACAAAUUGCAAAAGAUUCAGCAACACAGAUGUCCAGAAUACUGUGUAAUUAUGCGAUUAAAGGAGACGACUUUUAGCUGUGUGUCGUGCAGCGCUAUUUCCUUACAGUCAGUGACGUCACGCGUAUGCGUCAUCGUUCCACGACGUUUUCAACAAGAAACUCGUUUUAAAGUGGCCCUCCACGUCACUUUAUGUUGUCCACCACAUCAUUUUUACUGUAGCCUCCAACGUUUUAAAGUGCCCCGUCCAGUAAUUUUAAAUUGGCCUACCACAUUAUUUUAUUGUGGCCCACUAUAUCAUUUUGAUGUGGCCCUCUACGUAAUUUUUUGGUCCGCCACGUCAUUUAAGCGGCCCAAUUUGUCAUUAUGGGGACCACGAAAGGCUGGAAAUAAAAAAAGCUCUUUCUGGCAAAAUGUAUUAAUUCUGUCAACUUUGACAGACAAAUGUUGCACAUGCGAUUGCCAACUGUAUGUUCUACACUUCAAUAUUAUCUGAUGUUCCAAGUAUUUAUUUUGGUUAUCAAAAGUAAACACUUCAAUAUCUGCCUGUCAUCCUGACACACAAUUUCAAAACAUGCUAUCCAUCGGUCUACAAAAAUCAAAAACAGUUUCCUUUGCAAAUUGAAUGACAAGGCAAAGACAAAGUUUAUACUCCCAUCUAUUCACUCUUUCAUGUGGCCCUCUGAGGGGCAGCUAUAAUUGCCUAGUGGCCCCCACUAAAAAUUUGUUUGACACCCAUGCUCUAGGAAGAUUGAACUAUUUUAAAUAGGGAUCUUCCGAUCAGGGUUUUAUGCAGCCAACUCCGAUACAGAUCAUCCAUGAGUGAUAUCGGCCGAUAUUAAUACAGAUAUCGAUCUCAUGUAUUACCUGUAUUUUUUCCAUUCAUUAAUAGUAAGUGCAAUUGAAAGUUUAACGAUAUUUAAACUUGUUCCGUAUUCCAUCCAUCCAUCCAUUUUCUACCGCUUAUUCCCUUUCGGGGUCGCGGGGGGCGCUGGCGCCUAUCUCAGCUACAAUCGGGCGGAAGGCGGGGUACACCCUGGACAAGUCGCCACCUCAUCGCAGGGCCAACACAGAUAGACAGACAACAUUCACACUCACAUUCACACACCAGGGCCAAUUUAGUGUUGCCAAUCAACCUAUCCCCAGGUGCAUGUCUUUGGAAGUGGGAGGAAGCCGGAGUACCCGGAGGGAACCCACGCAUUCACGGGGAGAACAUGCAAACUCCACACAGAAAGAUCCCGAGCCUGGAUUUGAACCCAGGACUGCAGGAACUUCGUAUUGUGAGGCAGACGCACUAACCCCUCUGCCACCGUGAAGCCCAAUAUAUAAAUAUUUAAACUUGUUCCGUAUUAUCUUUUGUUAUAUACACUUGAAUUAAAAAAUUGUCAAUUGUGAACAAUAACUAAACAAAAGAAAAAAUCACUAUCUACUACUCAUUAACAAAACAACCCACAAAUUAUUUUGAGGGAAUAAAAAUAUUGCUAUAAUCACUCUAGGGCAGCACGGUGGAACAGGGGUUAGUGCAUGUGCCUCACAAUACAAAGGUGCUGAGUAGUCCUGAGUUCAAUCCCGUGCUCGGGUUUUUUCUGUGUGGAAUUUGCAUGUUCUCCCCGUGACUGCGUGGGCUCCCUCCGAGUACUCCAGCUUCCUCCCACCUCCCAAAACAUGCACCUGGCGAUAGGUUGAUUGGCAACACUAAAUUGGUCCUAGUGUGUGAAUGUGAGUGUGAAUGUUGUCUGUCUAUCUGUGUUGGCCCUGCAAUGAGGUGGCGACUUGUCCAGGGUGUACCCCGCCUUCCGCCCGAAUGCAGCUGAGAUAGGCUCCAGCACCCCCCGCGACCCCAAAAGGGACAAGCGGUAGAAAAUGGAUGGAUGGAUAAUCACUCUAGAGCAGGGGUCUCAGAUGUUAUUUUGCGGCCCCCACCUUAAUAUGAAAGUCUAAUGUUAGUGCGGCCUGUGAGUUUUAUAUGAAUGGCGCUUGACAGCGUUGUGUCAUUUGGGUCCAAAAUGGCUCUUUCAACAUUCUGGGUUGCCUACCCUGCGUUAGUGGAAAAGCACCAAAUGAAUCAACGCGACAGAGACGUUAGCAUGGAGACGAGGGUUUUCUUACAUGCCCGGCUUCAGUCAAACUGCAACACCUGUCUGUCGGUAAUAACAGUCCCCGAUAACCUGGACCAAGUCAAACCGUUAUUUGUAGAGAUAUCCGAUAAUAUCGGACUGCCGAUACUUUCGGCCGAUAAAUGCUUUAGAACAUGGGUGUCAAACUCUGGCCCGCGGGCCAGAUUUGGCCCGCCGUGUAAUUUAAUUUGGCCCUUGAGGCAAUAAUAAACUAACAUUAGAGCUGGCCCGCCGGUAUUAUACAGUGGCGGUGCCGCUGUAUCACCGCAUUCAACGCUAAUUCUCAUACUUGCCGACCCUCCUGAUUUUUCCAGGAGAAUCCCGAAUUUCAGUGCCCCCCCCCCCAAAAAAUCUCCCGGGGCAACCAUUCUCCCGAAUUUCCACCCGGACAACAAUAUUGGGGGCGUGCCUUAAAGGUACUGCUUUUAGCAUCCUCUACAACCUGUCGUCACGUCCGCUUUUCCUCCAUACAAACAGUGUGCCGGCCCAGUCACGUAAUAUAUGCGGCUUCUACACACACACAAGUGAAUGCAAGGCAUGGUCAACAGCCAUACAGGUCACACUGAGGGUGGCCGUAUAAACAACUUUAACACUGUUACAAAUAUGCGCCACACUGUGAACUCACACCAAACAAGAAUGACAAACACAUUUCGGGAGAACAUAUGCACCGUAACACAACAUCAACACAACAGAACAAAUACCCAGAACCCCUUGUUGCACUAACUCUUCCGGGACGCUACAAUAUACACCCCCGCUAACAACAAAACUCGAUUUUGCAUGUCACUAUAAAGUUAUAUAAGCCUUGCUUGUUCAAUAUUCAAUGCAAAACUUGUUUGGGUCCCUAUUAAAAGGUUAAGUUGUUCAACUUUGGCCCGCGGCUUUGUUCAGUUUAGAAUUUUGGCACACUCUGUAUUUGAGUUUGACACCCCUGCUUUAGAAUGUAAUAUCGGAAAUUAUGGGAAUCAGUUUCAAAAGGUAAAAUGUAUGACUUUUUAAAACGCCGCUGUACGGAGUGGUACACGGACGUAGGGAGAAGUACAGAGCGCCAAUAAACCUUAAAGGCACUGCCUUUGCGUACCGGCCCAGUCUCGUAAUAUCUACGGCUGACGGCGGCUUUAACAGACACGCACAAGUGACUGCAUGGCAAACUUGGUCAACAGCCAUACAGGUCACACUGAGGGUGGCCGUAAAAACGACUUUGUUACAAAUAUGCGCCACACUGUGAACCCACACCAAACAAGAAUGACAAACACAUUUCGGGAGAACAUACGCACCGUAACACAACAUAAACACGACAGAACAAAUACCCAGAUCCCCUUGCAGCACUAACUCUUCAGGGACGCUACAAUAUUUUCUUUUCUUGCGGCCCGGCCUCACCCAGACUCUGCAUCCAGUGGCCCCCAGGUGAAUUGAGUUUGAGACCCCUGCUCUAGAGCAUCGCUUAUAAACUGAUACCGCCUUUAAUACCAACACUACAAAUGUCUAGAUCAGUCCGCCCUCCUCUUACAAUGCUGACACACCAACAGUUAUUAGAUUAACCUCUCCCUAGACCAGGAGAUAGGCUCCAGCACCUCCCGCGACCGCAAAAGGGACAAGCGGUAGGAAAUGGAUGGAUGGAUAGACCAGGUGUGUCCAAAGUGCGGCCCGCAGCUCGAGUUUUGUUGGCCUGUAGCCAACUCUCGGAACAAACAGUGAAAAUGUACAAAAAAAAAGAAUGGGGAAAAAAGCUGAAAUGGUAAUACUAAAUAACUAAUAAUAAUAUAAUUUGUGGCCUAUACUAACACAAAGCUGGGACUAAGUUUUGGCUUUAAAUAUAUUUAAUGUCUGUUUUCAGCAUUGUAUUUUACAAAAUAAAAAAAUAUCAAAAUGGCCCCCGAACACUUUGACUUUUCCAUAUGCGGCCUUCGGUGAAAAAAGUUUAGACACCCCUGCUCUAGACUUAUAUUAAUCUACUUCUACAUUUCUGUGGUUUCGUUUACACUUCUUUAACUUUACCAAGCACUUAUUUGUGUGGCAGUAUAGCUCCGUUGGUAGAGGGGCCGUGCCAGCAACUUGAGGGUUCCGGGUUCAAUUCCCGCUUUCGCCAUCCUAGUCACUGCCGUUGUGUCCUUGAGCAAGACACUUUACCCACCUGCUCCCAGUGCCACCCACACUGGUUUAAAUGUAACUUAGAUAUUGGGGUAUCACUAUGUAAAGUGCUUUGAGUCACUAGAGAAAAUAAAAUUCACUUCAUUUCUUGGUUUUGUUUAACGCUAGUUUAGUUGUUAGCAUGCCCGCUACUUGCUUGUUUAACCUUAUCCUCCAAUGACAGUAAUACAGAUAUUAAAGGGGAACAUUAUCACCAGACCUAUGUAAGCGUCAAUAUAUACCUUGAUGUUGCAGAAAAAAGACCAUAUGUUUUUUUUAACCGAUUUCCGAACUCUAAAAGGGUGAAUUUGGCGAUUUAAAGGCCUUACAAUUGACGUGACGUGACGUCACAACAUGAAGCAAUCCGCCAUUUUCUCAAUCUUAUUACACGCACCAAGUCAAAUCAGCUCUGUUAUUUUCAGUUUUUUCGACUGUUUUCCCGUACCUUGGAGACAUCAUUCCUCGUCGAUGUGUUGUCGGAGGGUGUAACAACACGAACAGGGACGGAUUCAAGUUGCAACUGUGGUCAAAAGAUGCGAAAGUCCCUCGUUUGUUCUGCACACUUCACCAAAGACAGCUAUGCUACGACAGAGAUGGCAAGAAUGUUUGGAUAUCCUGCGACACUCAAAGCAGAUGCAUUUCCAACAAUAGAGUCAACGAAAUCUGCAAUAUUGGAAAAUAGACCACCACUGAAUCUGCCGGAGUGCGUGAGCUAUUCAGGGGCAGACGAGCGAGGUAAACCCCCUGGAUGUCUUGGCUAAGAGGGGAUUUAUGCCACUUUUUUUUCUGUCUCAUUUUGUCUACCAAACUUAUAUUGUUGUGCAUGAAUGCACAAAGGUGAGUUUUGUUGAUGUUAUUGACUUAUGUGGAGUGUGCUAAUCAGACAUAUUUGGUCACGGCAUGACUGCAAGCUAAUCGAUGCUAACAUGCUAUUUAGGCUAGCUGUAUAUACAUAUUGCAUCAUUACGCCUCAUUUGUAGCUAUAUUUGCAUCCAGCUUUUCCCUCCACCCACAUUUAAAGCCAAACAAACACAUACCAAUCGUUGGUUAGAAGGCGCUGUCUGUGCUGAUAUGGCUCAAUAGCUUCAGUUUCUUCUUCAAUUUCGUUUUCGCUACCUGCCUCAACACUCCAACCAUCCGUUUCAAUACAUGCGUAAUCUGUUGAAUCGCUUACGCCGCUGAAAUCCGGGUCUGAAUCCGAGCUAAUAUCGCUAUACCUUUCUGUGCUAUCCGCCAUGUUUGUUUCUGGUGGUUUCACGCUGUGACGUCACAGGACAAUAGACGGGUGGAUAUACCGAUGGUGAAAAUCAGGCACUUUGAAGGAGUUUUUCGGGAUAUUGCGUGAUGGGUAAAAUUUGGAGAAAAACUUUGAAAAAAAAAAUCAGUCACUGGGAACUGAUUUUUAUUGGUUUUAACCCUUCAGAAAUUGUGAUAAUGUUCUCCUUUAAGGAAUGCAGUUCAUUUGCAGUAAUGGAAGGGAUUACUACUAGCUUAGGGAAGAGUCUCCGCUGUAUGCAGAUACAUGAUUAGUUGCUAGCCACUUGUCAGACGGGGGACUAAAGAUAAAUACUGUGUCAGCCAGAGGGGAUUGCCUUUUUAUAUCGACAAUAAAAGUCAUUAAUCAGCAACGGAUAUCCCAUACUUUCUCACAAAAAUUGUUCGAUACCGAUCGGCACAUCCUUAAUUUUAAUAUAUCUAAUACAAAAGCAAAAUAAAUAAGAAAGAAAAGUUACGGUACCUGCCUGGAACUUUUCCACAGAAAUAUAUAGUAUCUAGGGGUGUAACGGUACGUGUAUUUGUAUUGAACCGUUUCGGUACGGGGGUUUCGGUUCGGUUCGGAGGUGUACCGAACGAGUUCCACACGGACAUAUUAAGUAGGCACCGCACGUUGUGUAAACAAUGCACCAUGAAUUGAUUUACGUGGACCCCGAUUUAAACAAGUUGAAAAAUGUAUUCGGGUGUUACCAUUUAGUGGUCAAAUUGUACGGAAUCUACUAAUAAAAGUUUCAAUCAAUCAAAAAAAACAACAACACAUGGCAUGCUAGCAACGACUGGGCUAUGAUAGACUGACCACACCUCCUCUUUUCACCAGACAUGUCCUCUUUUGCGGGGCUGUCCGGGUGGAGUUUCUUAAAUGCCUCUAAUGUCCAGCAUUUUAAGUUAGGGUUGCGUGUAUUUUCAAUGUACGUUCAGGGUUAAGAAGGGGUUAAAAACAAAACAAAAAAAGUGGUGGAUGCAGCAGCAUUAGUGAGGGCGGGGCAGGGACAGAGAGAGUUACGUAUGAUAAACGCGCAUGCGUCCCCAGGCUCUGCUUUUUAUCCAUGGAUUUAUCAGAUUUUAUUUUUUAUUAUCUAUAGCAGGGGUGUCAAAAGUGUGCCAUUUGCGGCCCACAGCUAAUGUUUUAAAGGCCCACGGCGCAUUCUAAAAAUAUUGUUAAAAAUAAACAAAAACAUAAACAAAAGUGAAAUAAAAAAGCUUAAAGGCUAAAUGUAAUUUAGAAAAAGUUGCAACCUUGACUAAUAAAACAAAGCUGUUUUUUUUUUUCUUUCAAACUGUCAUUGCUCAAAACAUAAUAUUGAAUCAAAAUCAAUGUUAUUAUGAAUUAUUGACCUAUCCAAGGUUUCCAUUACUUCACAUCAAAUAUUCCACCAAGAAAAAUAUUUUUGGUGGAAGAUUUAGAAAAUUUGUUAAAUAAAUAACAAAAAAAAUUUAUAUUGUGUUGUUUUCAUACUGUACCGAAAAUGAACCGGACCGUGACCUCUGAACCAAGGUACGUACCCAACCGAAAUUUUUGUGUACCGUUACACCCCUAUAGUAUCUCACAAAAAUUAGUGAUUUUACCAACCGUUUUGUUACGGUAUAUUUUCUCAAGGGGCAAUACUUUAAAAAUGACCGUGGAUACAUUUUAGUGUAGUCAGUGUAUCAAUGUACUAUCCUCUUAAAAUAGUCAACACACAACUAUCGUUUUUUUUUUGUUUUUUUUUUUUUACAAUGCUUAGACAACUUGAUGUCAUCAUUACUGAUGAAAAGUCUGGGGCUGCAUGAGUGCCACUGGGGAGCUGUGGUUCACAGAGGGAAUUCCAACACAAACUGACAUUCUGACACACCAUACGUUAGGACACAAUGUGUACAUUCCACUAUGAGGUGUAAGCUGUACGUGGACUACUUUACUUUUACACUACCAGUACUUUAAACUUCACUUCUAUUGUAUUGCACCCUGAGAAGAUAUAAUAAAUAGUUGUUUAACUGUUUAUCAUCACAUUGCAACAUAUUAAUGAUAAAUACCUACUUUUAUAUUUUGGAUAUGUAUAUCAUAUUGUUUAUCCAUUAAGGGAGUAAUGUUUUUAAGCGCAGGGCAUGUAACCUUUCAUAAAGUAUUCAUAAAUGAAAUAAAGUCAGCGUAAACCUUG